AUGUCACUCGCAUUCACUUUCAUCGUCAUCGUAAUAAUCACGAUCGCUCCGACCAUUUAUGGAUAUAACGAAACAAAAGUAAUCCAUUAUCUUAAACGAUAUGGCUAUUUACAUGAAAACAACACACUAACAGUGAAUCAUCAUGAGGUAUUAAAACACGCGAUCGCACUAUUUCAAGAAUAUUAUCAGCUUCACGGGGAUGGUCAUCUAAACAACGCUACGCUACAUUUAAUGCGUACAUCACGAUGCGGACUCGAGAAUAUUCCACAUCGAAUGAUCAGCACGGAGAUAAAAAAAUGGCAAAAGACAAAUCUCACGUGGAAUUUUCAUCUAGCGGACAAAUCUGCAAUAGAAGUAGCCGAAAUGGCGUUCAAUAUGUGGGCGAAACAUUCAUCAUUAAUUUUCACACGCAAGAUCGGAAGAGCACACGUCUGA